AUGUUGGUGUUAAACUGCUCUACCAAACUGCUGACACUGGAAAAAAUGUUGAAGAGCCUCUUUCCUGAAUCACUCAAGGUUUAUGGAGCAGUGAUGAACAUAAAUCGAGGGAACCCAUUUCAAAAGGAAGUAGUAUUGGAUUCAUGGCCGGACUUUAAAGCUGUCAUUACCCGUCGUCAGAAAGAGGCUGAGACAGAUGACCUGGACCAUUAUACAAACGCUUAUGCAGUAUUCUACAAGGAUGUCCAGGCUUACCAACAGCUAUUAGAAGAACAUGAUGUUAUCAACUGGGACCAAGUUUUUCAAAUACAAGGGCUGCAAAGUGAAUUGUGCGAUGUUUCCAAAGCUGUUGCCAAGAAAAAACAGUUGGAUGUAAAGCAAAUUUCCUUCAAGGCCAUUCAUUUUUCUCCUGUUUCAUCUCCUCCAGACACUAGUUUGCUAAUGACAUCUCCCCCACGACUAACCUACCUGAGCGUGGCCGACGCGGAUCUGCUCAACCGUACUUGGUCUCGGGGCGGCAAUGAGCAGUGCCUUCGCUACCUGGCCAACCUCAUCACCUGCUUUCCCAGUGUGUGUGUCCGGGAUGAAAAGGGAAACCCCGUCUCUUGGUCCCUAACGGACCAGUUUGCCACCAUGUGCCAUGGCUACACCCUGCCAGAGCAUCGCAGGAAAGGAUAUAGCCGUCUAGUGGCUCUCACCCUCGCCAAGAAGCUGCAGAGCCGGGGAUUCCCAUCUCAGGGCAAUGUCCUAGAUGACAAUGUGGCAUCCAUUAGCCUCCUAAAGAGUCUGAACGCUGAAAUCUUGCCUUGUCGUUUCCACAGGCUCAUUCUCACCCCGGCAAAUUUCUCUGGCUAG